UAAUCUUCUAUGUUGGCACACAUAUGGCCCAACCUUUGACCUAAUGUUCUUACUUACAUCAAUGGCCGAAAUAUCAUUUAAAUGAAACCCUGACUAAUUUUUAAAACUCCCUUCUUCACACAUGCACUAUAUUCACAAAACAAAAACGUUUGUUGCGGUCAUAUUUAAAAAGUAAAACGUAUCAAAACUUUGUUUGAUCCACAUAACAAGGGUUAAUUUGUACCUGGUUACCAUGGUUACUAGUAAACAUAAGAACGCCAUGUCAAAACGGAGCGCAGCCCCGAGGGUCGCGUUUGGUACCUGUCAAAAGCGUCUCAUGUUUCCAUCGCACUUUGCCUCUGAUCGCAUGGGCAAUGAAGUGCACGCGCAGCGCGACUCUGCGGAACUAGGACCCGGAUGUUACGACAACCACAACGUGGGCAGUCUGGUAUAUGAUCUCCAACAUAAACCUGAGAGUAAAAGGGGAUAUGUCUUAGCAGGCCGUACUGCACUACGUUUUUUGCCCCCUGUCAAGAUGACUACACCUUCACCACAGAAAUACCAGCAGGAUUGGUCUCAGCUUACCGUGUGCUCUCCUGGCAAAGCACCCUUUAACAGCUCCACACCAAGGUUCAUGGACAAACUGUCAAUUAAGGACUCCAGUCCUGGUCCGGGGGCAUAUGCACACGAAACCAUGCAAAGCAAGGUGUCUUGGCCUAUGAAAUUCAGCUCUACAGAUUGGUCACGAGUGCCCAUGCUGGAAAGAAAGGCACUACGGACAGAACUCUUGAGCGACAGAGACUUUCGGAAACAGAGGAACAGGGUCGCAUAUCUACGCCUGUACUACUGAACAAGUAAAAUUAUUUACUACCACAAAAAUGCUGAAGCUACAACACAAUCUAAAAUUCUAUAUUCUCAUUAAACAUGGAAACGAUAAUCUUU